AUGCUGACCACGCCUUUCAGACUUGUCUGCCGCCUCCGCUACUCUCUGCAAUGCGCUCUCGACACCUACUGUGGACGCCGCAAGCGCACCUCUGAUUCCUGCACGCUGGCCUCCCAACCUUGCGGCGACGCGCUCUUUGCUAGCGCGGUCACUCGCCCUACUGAUUUGGCCCUAACGACGGUACUUGUGGGCGCCUGUCAAUGUCAGCCUCUAACGACUUCUUCCCCGUGCUUCUUCCGCGCCGCUCCUUCCCCGCAGAGCUUGCUUGCGCUCGUCCACGACGGCGACGACGACCACGACGGCGGCGGCAGCGAGGAAGAGCGUCGGGCAUGGCCUGCUCGCGUAGAGGAGACGGCGGGCAGCGGACGACGAGCGCGCCGCAUUGAAGUCGACGAGACGGCACCGACGACGACCAGCGGUUUCCGCGCCCCAUGA